CUGUCUCCGGCGGUCUGUGUAUAAAGCCGCGGUUCGCCGCUCCACUCUCAUUCUUUCUUCGCGUUUUGAGAGGAGGAACCUCUUUCUCUAGUCAUUAUGGCCAGAACCAAGCAGACCGCUCGUAAAUCCACCGGAGGAAAAGCGCCAAGGAAGCAGCUGGCGACUAAAGCUGCUCGUAAGAGCGCUCCUGCCACUGGCGGUGUAAAGAAACCCCACCGUUAUAGGCCCGGCACCGUGGCUCUGAGGGAGAUCCGUCGUUACCAGAAAUCCACCGAGCUGCUGAUCCGCAAGCUGCCCUUCCAGCGGCUGGUCAGGGAGAUCGCUCAGGACUUCAAGACCGACCUUCGCUUCCAGAGCUCUGCCGUCAUGGCUCUGCAGGAGGCCAGCGAGGCCUACCUGGUCGGCUUGUUUGAGGACACCAACCUCUGCGCCAUCCACGCUAAGAGGGUCACCAUCAUGCCCAAAGACAUCCAGCUGGCUCGCCGCAUCCGUGGAGAGAGAGCUUAGACCCUGCCUUCUCCACCUCUCACACCAACCCAACGGCUCUUUUAAGAGCCACAAAAUCACUGAGACACGAUUCUAACCAAUAUCCCCUCUAUGAAACUCGUACAGAACCACGGCUUCACUUUGAUUUUCAUUUUUAACGUGCAUUAAUGGAAUGUGGGGCGAUCACAUUACAAAUGGGAUUCAUGGCUCUUUGAAGGGAGCUGGAUCUUCAGGAGCUGUUCAAAACACCAGCUCGUUCUCACAAUAUCUCUCAAAACUUUACAAUAUUUAAGAGUGACAAUCAAAAUAUCUACCUAUAUCAAAUCUACUAUACAAGAUUAAACAAUUAGAGAAAAAACAGAU